UCACUGAAUUAAAACUGUACUAGAUAUCAUGCAAGAUGAAGGCAGCCUUGAUAGCAGCCACGGUCCUCACACUUGUCUGCUCCCUUCAUAAAGCCAGCUCUCUGGGGAAGCUGAACUUACCGGUGGUUUUACUUCCCUAUGUCCCCUCCAGCACUGGAGUCAAGGUCAACUUCACUCUGAGCUCCCCUCAAGGUUGCUUCUCUUGGUGUUGGUAAGUCCACCCUCCUCCGCUCUAUGGCGUGUCGUGAGCUGCGUCUACCAGCUGGUGUGAGUGUACUACACGUGGAGCAAGAGGUCACCGGGGACAACACACUAGCGCUGGAUAGUGUACUCGAGUGUGAUACUGAGAGAGUGCAGCUGCUCGCUAGAGAUGGGGAGCUACUGGCCUCAGGGGACAAGGACACAGCAGCAGGCAGCGCUUCUGAUGAGCUGGCUGAGGUAUACCUUCCACUACAGGAGAUAGACGCUGACAAAGCACCAGCAAGAGCUGGCUGUAUUCUGGCUGGUCUGGGGUUCACUCCACAGAAGAAUGAGAUUUUAUCUGGCUAAGACACUAUUUGCAACAUGUGGGAACACGGAACCAUCGUCGGUUGUGUGCAGUGUAUUAUAGUCGUACCCCCAGGUUUGAAGUGAUCCGUGGACUACUGGACUGUGUCAUGCAGCUGCUGGAGGUGUCCUUCACCAAAGAUGGCAGUGGAUACUUCCUCAAUGCAGCUGAAGACUCUACCUAUUUCCCGGACCGUUGUGCAGAGGUGUCUGUACGUGGGAAGGUGAUCGGGAAACUGGGCGUGCUCCAUCCUGGUAUGUCUGUUGUGCAGCUCUAGUGUGUGUGAGACUGGGAGGUGUGUCUGGUGCAGCUGUUCUCACGGCCUCCUCCAACCAGUACCUGCCCUCCGUACUCUCCAGGGAGAACCUAUUUCCUCAGGGUCUCCAUGGUGACAUGGUGUGAGGGAGAGAGCGUGACAAGGGGUGGAGCCUGAUAUCAUCAAGCUACUAGUCAUUGAGAACAUGAUGCUACAACCCUCCAUGGAUGUGUACAUUCUGCCACUGCCACCCACAGAGGUCAAGGGUCACCGGACUAGAAGCCAUAAUACAAGACAUCAGUUUUCUACUAAAUUAUUAAUCUCUUGUGCCGAGCCAGUUUCCAUGACGAUACGACUAGUGAUUGGUCAUAUGCCAGACUUCCCUCUAUUGACUCAGACCAACAAUCACAAUAUUUAGUCUAUAUAUAUACGAUUUUGUCAAACAACUAUAUAUUUUUUCGAUGUCUUAAUUGUGUUUGUCUGCAGUUUCCUGUGUGGCCUUUGAACCAAAAUUGAAAUAAUUAACGCUGUAUGGGGCGUUUGAAAACUUCACAUCGCUGCAAUGGACGUGGUGAUCGUCCAAUCAGAAUGCUCUACCCACCCCCCGACCUCCUCACUACAACACAAGGACUUAGAUACGAUAAUAUUCUCCCGGAGUCAAUUUCUUUCUUCUCUACUCCUUCGCAAUCCACCAGAAUUGACUUCUACUGUUCUUCAAUUACCCUCUAAACAAGGGCGCCCUCACUAUAACCCACGGCUCUGCUGAUAAUGUCAUUGAGUUACUUGACUGUUUGCAGCACCCAGACACUGGUGAGGUUCAUGACCUCCCGACCCUCAUAACCAAGCACCAGGUGGUGGAGAUCAACGACCCAGUGCAAGUGACCCUCAAACACCUCGUCAUUCUCUGGGACCCCCAAACAGACUUCAAAUACCAGCACCAAUUGAAUGUGAGUGUGCUAGCUAGCUUGUUGAGAGCUAAACCUGUGUAGGGUACCAGCUACAUAGGCUUGUACAUGGCUUGUAAUACCGUAUAGCGGGUAAUUUCCGUAAGGUGAAAAUUUGUUCAACUCGAAAGCGGUGAUUUUCGUUUGUCUGCAACCUACUGGUUUUACUAAAUAAUUAUGAACAAUUAUAGGGAUCUCCUUUAUUAAUUUUGUUUCAGAUACAGCGACUUUUCGAUUGCGAAUUGCGAACAUCGUAGCAAUCUAGUCGAAAGUAACGAUUUAGAUUGGAUAUGCAAUUCCCAUACUUUGAAUGCAAUAAUUAUUAUAGUUACAAUGCAAUCAAGCUUGUACAGUGUCAUUCACAAUCCAUUAACCUCUCAUUGGAUAGUACUGUCCCUAUUCCUGUGUUGUACACUACUGUCUAUUUAAUUGUAG